UCCCCUUCCAUCGCACGCAGCCACUCCUCUCGUCUCCGUCUCUCCCUUCCGCCGCCGCCGCUCGCAGCUCCGCCUCCCCGCCCGGCAGCCGCCGGAGAAGAGCUGCUCCGCCUCCCCGCCUCACCUGCUAUUCCUCUCUUCCUGAGGGCGCCAGGAGCAUGGCCUCGAUCUGGAAGAGGAGAGGUCCGGAGUGUGGCCUCGAUCUGGAGAAGGGGCGCAGCCGCCGGGCGAUUUCAGCCAACUCCGACGAUUCCGGCGGCCAUCUAGCAUCUUCCCGUGCUCUCCUAUCGUUGCCCUACCAUCUCUACUAAUCUAAUUCGACCUGCAGGUCCUCCAACAUCAUCAGCGGCUAACCCUAGCCGCUCGAACUGUUGGUGUGCAGCGUCGCCAUGGACACCGGCGCGGCGCCUGCACCUACGACUGUUUCCUCCGACUACUUCCGCCUUGCCUACGAGGCAUCCACCUCCUGGAUGGACUCUUUGGCGAUGGAGAGCUCAGGAUUCAUCACCCCAACUGAAUCCACCGUGCUAUCACAGCCUCAGCUUCGUGUUUAUGGUCUCUCAGCUUCGUGUUUAUGGUGCGGCUGCGUGGAAGCCAGUGACAAGUACAGCCACUCUCUACUCACCUCUAUAUAUGUAUGGGUUAACUCCCUCGAGAAAAUGAGUCUUUGCAAGGCAUCGCUCGCGCCCGACGUUUUUGACCGCCCGAUCGAUUCACCACAGACGGCGAUGGCACAGACCAGGAAUGUGUCGGCGGUGGCGCUACCUUGACAAGGAGGAAGACACUCUGCAACAUCAUCAACCUGAGGCGGCAGCGGCCCACAUGAGGGGCAGCAGGACGGGUUGAGGUGUGUGGACGGCGUGGAUGGGAUCGCGCGGUUGGUCAAGGUCUUGCUUGCCGCUGUUGGAUGUAAGCAGAGGCGUUGCGGUGGUCGAAGUCUCCUAGGCAGGUUUAUCUGCUUUGAGAUGUGCCAUAGUUUGAGAGGUAAGCUCUGGUGAUUCAUUUUCUUUGGCCGUCUAUAGGCAUCUUUGUUACAUGGAAUUAGGUAUCUUAGAUAAAGAACUACUAUCAAAUAAAAUAUGCAUAUGAGUUUCCAUAUCUCUUGGUUAUUUAUCCUAACCAAUUACUUAGUAUUACUUAGAGUGUGUUUGUUCGGGCUACAAUUUCCAUGCCUACAGCUGAAGGAGCGACUGUAGCUGCAGAGAGGCUUCAGAGCAUGGUAACAUUGUUUAUGAGAAAAAUCCACGACGGACUAAUAACCUACUUCUUCUAGGAAGUAUCUACUGUAAGUUUAUGACUUGGUGCUAGCUGAAGCUUGCAUUUUCUACCAAAACUGCUAUUAACAAAAGAACUCUAGCGACCCAGGAUUUUAUCUUUAACUGCUAUUAAACUCACAAGAGGGAGCAUUUUAAUAACAAAAGAACUCUAUCCAUGUUUUCUGAUAUACUGUGUAUAUGCAUGAUGUACUAGCAGUUCCUAUUUUUUAACUAUUGCGUACCAGAAAAACGAAUUGGUAAUAAAUUGAUGUAUUGAAUUAUGUUAUGAGAGGGAUUUGUUCAUUUCAAAACUAAGGAAGUUGUCAGUUCAAAAAAAUACUAAGGAAGUUGGAUGAGCUUAAAGCACCUAUUCAGCAGUUAACUGAACUUUUCUAAUUGUAUUUUAAAUCCACAAGAGGGUAAAAUCAAUGCUCUUUCCCAGAUCAUCUAAAUCAGAUGGAUGGGCUCCAAACUCCCAGUGAGGUUUGUCGUUUUUGUGUUAUAAUUUUUUACUUGAGUGCCUUUGGACAUAUGGUACUAUGGAGAGGUGACAUUAGCACAAUUGAUGGUUGUUUCUCCUCCCCUAUCAACCACAUCUGCUGACUCUAUAUGUCAAUAUAUCAGCAAAACGAGAUAUCAUUGUUUUAUGGAGUUCACAGAUUAUUGAAGAUUUUUGCUGCCAUGGAAUUGUGAGUUUGUGACUAUACAUUCUUGUCCUACAUGUGAGUUGAAGAUAUAUUGUCUCUGUAUAUGAAUAUAAAUAUCCAGGUAUGUAAGCAAGUCCUAACAUUUAUUUACAUAUUUAUCAAUGAAAUGCAUCCAGGCAAGUCACAUCUUACAUACAAUUGCCCACUUAUAGGUAAAUUUGAUGAUUCAUAAAUUAACCGGUUGGAGAUCGGUAGACAGUCAAGUGUAUUGAUAACUGGAGUUUAGAGCUCAAAAUCCUUCUAACUUUUCUACUAACUGUAUUUCUUGACAGCUUCCAGAGAAGAACAAAUACUCUUAGUCAUUCUCUGGCAUGUAUAGUAUACAAUACUAGAGAUGUGAAUGGAUGUAGUUCAUUUAGUAGAGUAUUAGUAGGUGAUGAUUUCUUUUCUUCACAGUCAACUGGUGUAUAUCCUGAUAUGUUUAGCCUGUUCCAUAAUUAAUUUGUAAAGUAGCCUGAACAAUUGUACAGUCUCUCUGUGUAUUAGUACUCUGUUUUUUGGGCAACUUGAAGAAAUCAGUUUCUCAUGACA